AUGCAACUGUCAUCUUUUACAGUUGGCUUCACAGAUGCAGACGGUGACGGGAUAUCUGCUUGUGGAGGUGAUGAAUGCUUUAAUGAUCCAAACAAGAUUUACGCUGGAUUCUGUGGCUGUGGCGUUCCAGAUAUUGAUACCGAUGGAGAUGGCCUUGUGGAUUGCUUGGAUUGGUGCUCACUGGAUCCCAACAAAACGCUGCCAGGGUACUGCGGGUGUGGCGACACCGAGGAUGAUACAGAUGGGGAUGGGGUGUUGGAUUGUGCUGACAAGUGCCCCCUGGACCCAACCAAGAUCACCCCGCAGCUGUGUGGCUGUGGAGUGGCAGAUACGGAUUCUGAUAUUGAUGGCACGCCUGACUGCUAUGACAAAUGCCCCAGUCAACCAGACAGUGUUGCAGGGGUCUGUCAGUGUGCUGCAAGCUUCGCAGAUGAUGAUUUUGAUGGGACGCCCAACUGCAACGAUUUAUGUCCACUGGAUCCCCUGAAGCUUUCACCAGGGCCGGUUGGUUGUGGCACUCCAAUCACGGACACCGACGGGGAUGGCACUAUUGACUACUUGGAUAUGUGCCCCUCUGACGCCAAUAAAGUCGAGCCUGGUACAUGUGGGUGUGGCGUGUCUGAUGUCGAUUCAGAUUCUGAUGGAGUGCCAGAUUGUGUGGAUGCCUGCCCAUUGGACAGUGACAAGAAUCUGACAGGCAUUUGUGGCUGCGGAAUCUCAGACGCGGAUCCGGAUGGAAACCGCAGGCCGACUUGCUUCCCAGAUUGUCCAGACACCAUCACAUCUGCGACACAGUACAUGGUCUCCGUAGCUGCUUUUGGGCAAAUCUCGAUGGCGGGCGGCCAGUAUCGGCUGUGCUGGUGUGCUGGCAAAGUUGGAGCAGGCAACCUGCCAAAUAUGAGCAGCGAAGCCAGUACAUCCAGCAACGAAACAGUGUACAGCACGUGCUCUUUUAUGGAUGAAUUCAAAGUUGACUUUGGUGGCCUGUUCGUGAUGGGGCUGGCUCCACUACAGCAGUCAAAAACCUGCGUGAGUGGUUAUUCUUGCAUAGUUGAGGGAAUCACCGGUUAUGGCCUCAGCGCGGCUGAUGGCUACAUGAUUUUAGACACCUGUGGCGUCCACUCCGCGCCGCUUCAGACUUUGCUGCCAUUCGAAAGUCAGGGAAAUGUCAGCGACGGGUGGUCGGUCACUCGGCGUUGGGUGUCCGAAACACAAGUCUCCGGUGGAUUUUAUCGACUGUGCUGGUGUGCUGAUCAUCCUGGUAACCAAACAUCUUGGUGCCAGCAUGCAGAGUACAACACCGUCGAUUUUGGCGUUAUGACUUUCAUUGGUCCUGAGUUCUCUUCCGUGGGAUGGACAUGCGUCUCUGGACAGACAUGCGUUGUGGAUGCUAUUGCUGGCAACGGCUUGUCCUUGCUCGAUGCUGUGAUGGUCCUUGAGACCUGCGGAACAGCGCUCUCCAGUAUUGGCCUGGUGUGGCCAGCGACACCGCUUGAAUUGCUCACUCCGCUGAAUGACCAGGGCCAAGCAUCCUGGCAUGAUCCCCUGUCUGCUCCAGGAGGUCUUUGCUGGUGUGCGGGCAUUGAGCAGCAAUCCUCAGGGGCGCGGAACGGCAGCUGUAUUGCUUUCAACGAGACAGUUCCUGCGGAUCGCUUUGUUCUGGAUGUUGGGCGUAUCAACAUUCUUGGCGUUGCGCCUCUCAGUCAACAUCACACUUGCGUUGCUGGGCUCUCUUGCCACAUUGACGGCAUCACUGGCAAUGGUUUGAGGGAUGACGACAAGGUGCUUGUGCUCCACACAUGCGGCCAAAUUUCUCAUGUAGAGGGGUUCCCUGGAUAUGGAGCCAUGCAAAGUGUGUCCAUGUCCGGAGCGUCCGUCUUCUGGACAGAUCCAGUUUUAGCUUGGGGAGGACAAUAUCGUCUGUGCUGGUGUUCCUCCGGGCAUCACUGCAGCAGCGGCGAGCAGUUCCGCACUGAUUUUGGCAGCUUCACACUCAUCGGUCCUAGCCCCGCUGAUCAAGACAGGACGUGCAUUGCUGGUCUCAGCUGUGCUGUUGGAUCACUCACUGGGCAAGAUUUGCCUGCCCUGAACCAGUACGCCGUCUUGGACACCUGUGGAGUUGCGAGUCCAGUUGCUGGCAUGCCGACGGGUCUGGAGACUGUUGGUGACCACGCUGUGGCUGCCAUCUCUGUCACUGCAGUGGCUGGCCAGUACAGGCUUUGCUGGUGCAGCGGCAUCUUGGACUUGGACCCUUUGCGAACCAAUAGUUCCAACUCCAGCGAACCAGGCUUCCAACAAAUCUGGGGGAACCAAAGUCUUGUCAACUUGACACCUUCCAAUGGCACAGCGGUUUCGUACUGUCGAACUGCUGAAGAGUUUCGCGUAGAUGUUGGCUCGCUGCUGUUGAUUGGAGCUUCUACCCUCAUGAGUGACUUUACCUGCAUCGCCGGAAGAGAUUGCACAUUGGACGACAUUGUUGGCAUCAGCCUGAGCGAUGGAGACUCCAUUGUAGUGUUGGAUACUUGCGGUGAGCAUGGUGCUGCACUUCAGCCUCGGGCCUUGGCCAACGGCACGCAUGCAAGCUGGCAGACCAUCACAACCCCAGGUGGCGUGUACCGGCUGUGUUGGUGCAGUGCAUCCAAGCAGUGCAAUUCGGCCAGCGAAUUUGAUUUGGACAUUGGCAGGCUGUACGUGCUGGGUCCGCGCCCUUUAGCGCAGGACCGAACUUGUGUGAGUGGGAUGGAGUGUGCCGUGCGCGGCAUUGAAACUUAUGGCAACAUGCAGGCAGGCAGCAUGGCAAUUUUGAGCACAUGUGGAGCCCUCGAAGGCAGAGACUUGCUGGCUGGCCUGCCAUUGAGUGUCACUUCCUUGGAAAAGCCCGUUGGAAGCAGUCGCUUCUCCGCAAAUCUUAUCGUAGACGUUGUCAUGACUUCGGCAGGGGGUCAUUACAAGCUCUGUUGGUGCGGCCCAUGGGCUGAUGGUUGCGAGAGGCCAAAAGAUUUCAACGUCGAUUUUGGGAACUUCCACUUGAUUGGAGUAUUUCCCCUGCAGCAGGACCGCACCUGCUUCGCUGGCGCUGCAUGCUCUCUGACAGACAUCUCGGGACAUUGGAUAAGUCGGCAGUCAGCAGUCUUGGUGAUGGACACCUGUGGCUUCGGUCGUGCAACUCUGAUGCGAUCUUCGUGGGAUCAAGCUUCUGUCGGCUCUGCCAGCGGGUCUGUGACAGUGUGGCCAGUGCAACCCUCCUCUGGGCCAGGUGGUCAGUACCGCCUGUGCUGGUGCUCUAUGCAGCCUUGCAGUGUGCGCGAUGCUGUGGUGGACUUUGGACAGUUGACCCUUGCCGGGCCCGCGCCGCUCUAUCAACAUCGUACCUGUAUGAGUGGGCUCGCAUGCCAGCUGGCAAGCUUGACUGGGACAUUCUGGAGCGGCGAUGUCUGGGUGUUGGACACGUGCGGCACCCAGCAAGGUAUGAUUGCCGGAUUUGCGCUAGACGGGCGAUCUGCUGUCUCUAUGCCAGCAGCUCUGGUUGAUUACAGCUAUCCAGUUUCAGCCGCCGGAGGACAAUAUCGCUUGUGUUGGUGUUCUGACGGAUUCUUGGUUAAUCAGAGCGGCUGGAGUGAUGCAUCAAUGCGUCCAGGGUGCGGCUUUGCUGAAGACUUCGCCUUGGACAUGGGAAGCCUACUGCUGAUUGGCAUGUCCCCGCUUGAUCAGGACCGAACCUGCAUAGCUGGACAGCACUGCCACUUGGCAGACCUGCGAGGCUAUGGCUUGUCCUCCCUGGACACAAUUGUCGUGCUUGACACCUGCGGGCAGAAGGCCUUGCGACAGUGGCCAGAGCCGGCAACGGUGGUUGAAACAAGCGGCAAGCUCAGCGUCUCUUGGAACGUUGUUUCCACAGCAGGCGGCCAAUAUCGCCUGUGCUGGUGUCCUGGCUUGACCUGGACUUCCUCGGAUGAGCAAGAUGAAGACUUUGACCCAUGGCUUGGGAAUGAGACAUUGAAUGUCAGCGGGACCUUGGUGCAAACGCUGGAGAGGAGAUGCUCAUCUGCGGAGCUGUUCACGAUAGAUUUUGGAAGCUUGACGCUGGUGGGUCCCACGCCCCUAUUCCAGCACUACACAUGCACUAGCGGCCAGACUUGUCAGCUUGUUGGCGUGGAGGGCUUGCACCUCAACAGUGGAGAUGGCAUCCAGCUGCUUGAGACUUGUGGAGUUGCAGCUCGAGGAGCGGUGCCGUUGGGAGUGCCUUCGGGAGGUCUUCUGCAGGCCUCUGCUGUCGGCAACAACAGCUUCACCUUCUCGCUGGAUGCCGUGCCCAUCUCUGGAUUUGGAGGUACGUACCGCCUUUGCUGGUGCUCAUCAGCAGUUGACUGCUCGUCUUUGGAGGCUUUCCGCGUGGACAUUGGCCAACUGACAAUUCUAGGUGCGCACCCUCCCAGCCGAGACUACACCUGUGUGAGUGGAAGGCAAUGCACCAUCGACGGCGUAGAAGGGAUUUUUGCUGCAGACUUUGCAGUCAUGGUGCUUGACACCUGUGGAAGCCAUCCUUCCAUCGAGCAAGGGCAGUUUGUCCAAAGUCUGACUGGUAGCAGCCUGUUCUGGGAGUCUGGUGUACUCAGCGGCCCCGGUGGACAGUACAGGUUGUGUUGGUGCAGCUCCUCGGACGAGACACAAAUCCUCCUCGACAACGACACCAACUCAUCGAGCGUGCGACGCUAUUUUGGAUGCGACACUUUCCAGGACUUCAGCCUGGAUGCCGGUGAGGUUCACCUUGUAGGGCCCAUGCUCGGACAGGCGCGUACAUGCAUCGCGGGCCAGCUGUGUCGAAUUGAAGGGCUCGUUGGCUACGGCCUAACAGCCAGCGAUCGCCUGCUCGUGAUGUCCACUUGUGGUAGCACCGUGCCAACAGGAUUCCCGGGCACGGGAAUGGCCAUGGUCUUGGAUGUCGUCGCCAACAGCACAGGUCUAUCCACAGCCAACAGCUCAGACUUUUGGGAUGUUGCGGUGACAGGCCCCGGUGGACGAUAUCGAUUGUGCUGGUGCAGCGGGACAAGUUGCACAGCGUCCCAAAGAUUUGUCGUAGACUUUGGUGAGCUCAUGCUGAUUGGUCCGAGGCCCCUUCAGCAGCACCGUACUUGCAUCAGCGGCCGCGCGUGCUUCCUCACGGCUUUUGCAGAUUAUGACCUGGAAGGUCUCGAAGUUAAUUCCACAGCAGAUGGGCUGCUGGCGAUUCCGCUGUCGUCUACCUGUGGCAGCCUGGGGGCCAAGAGACUGGAAGGAGUGACUGGCUAUAUGAGCAUUCCGGGAGGCUCCUCACCCGCUGCAGUUGCGCAGACCGUUCCUCGCAUCAGUGAGCCAGGUGGCUUAUACCGACUCUGCUGGUGCAGCGCAGAAGCUUCAUCCUGCAUGACGGAACACCAUGCGGUCCAGGUUGGUGUUCUCACAAUCCUCGGACCAGCUCCGCUGACACAGGACCAUACGUGCAUCUCCGGAAACAGUUGCAGGGUGCACAUCUCCGCAUCUUUUGUCGACACAAGAGUCGAAGGAGCACUGAUGGUCCUGGAAACCUGUGGCCUGCCACUUCUGCUGCCGCGCUUCCUUCCUGAUGGUCGACUGCCACUUGUGGGAGCAGAUACAGGUUCCAACGGAUCACUGCUUUCAAUAAGUGCUGCUGGUGGACAAUACCGCCUCUGCUGGUGCACAACAACGCCUAACCAGUUGGUGGUGAAUGCAACGGGGCAGCUUCUUGAAGCAUGUGGAGGACCAUCUGAUUUCAUAGUGGAUGCCCUGACCUCAGGGACCAUUGCUCUCCUGAAUUCACGUUGGUGGCUUGUCGAUUUCAGGGAUUUCGCCGCUGGAGCAGCACCGGACCUGUAUCAGCGGUGCAGUGUGGACGGCCUCACCGGACAUCACCUCACAGCCGAUGACCAUGUCCUGCUUCUUGAAACUUGCGGUGUUGCCGGCGGUUGGGACCAGUCACCAGGCUUGUUUGACAUGAUCUAUAAUGCGGCAGCUGAGGGCACUUUUUCCACCAUGGCUUUCACUUGGGGAGCGGAAAGGCUACGUCUUCCUGGGGGCUUGUACAGGCUUUGUUGGUGCUCGGGAGCGUUGCCGGUACAUGAAUCUCUUUCUAACGUCUCCGAGCUCGACACAACAAACAGGUCUCUUUGUGCCACCGCUAGCAGCUUCCAAAUUGAUGUAGGCUACAUGAUGGUCAUUGGCGUGGUCCCAUUUGCAGAAGACAAGACAUGCUUCUCUGGGCAGACAUGCUUGCUGGAUGGUAUUCAAGGUCACCACCUUUCGGUGCAUGAUUUGUGGUUGCUUAGGGACACCUGCGGGGUUCCAGACCAGGUCGUCCUUCCUGCUGCUCAGCUAGUGACCGUGUCCCAUUCCGGCAGUUCUAUUGCCUGGGGCAGCAAUGCUUUCUCCCUAUCAGCUGGACAAUACAGGCUAUGUUGGUGCUCAGGUGAUGCACCCUGUACAUCGUACUCUCUGACAGAUGUUGGACAGCUCCACAUGCUUGGGCCAUCACCGCUGCAGUCUCGGACCUGCGUAUCGGGACAGACCUGCGUAGUCAAAGAAGUAGUGGGACUGGGAUGGGACAUGUCGGAUGAGUUCAUGGUCAUGGACACCUGCGGACAAAAUCAGGCUACUCCUGGACUCAGUUGGGCUGGGGCAGUUGCUCACCUACAAGGAAGCUUGGUCACAGUGACCUGGGGUCAAGAUGGCGUUCUUGCACUCGGGGGUAGCUAUAGACUUUGCUGGUGUCCGGGAAUGCUGGCGUCAGUGAAUGGCACCAAUCGUUCGAGCAAUUGCAUCACUUCUGACUUUGCAGCCGAUGCUGGUGAGCUUUUCAUUGUUGGGCCAACCAGACAGCAAGAGUGGACGUGCAUCUCCGGUCGGCAGUGCUCACUGGUUGGGCUUGAUGCAGGUGCUGCGAUAGGACAUUUGGGGCAGCUGCUGGUAUUAGACACUUGUGGCGUUGGAGGCCUGUUGCACCGCUGGCCUGAUGCUGGUCGCCUGGCUGAGGUUGCGACGAGCUUGGUGACAUCAAAUUUGGUGGUGUCAGCGCGGGGAGGUCGCUAUCGCGUCUGCUGGUGCGCUGCCAUACCUUACCCAGAGGCACAGUGCUUGUCGGGAAGCAUAGACAACCAAUCCUCCUGCGAAUUCUAUACGGGCAAUUGGAGCAACAAUUCAAGCCUGCCUUGCCAAUCUUCGGAAGACUUCGCUGUGGAUGCUGGCACCCUGGAUUUGUUGGGUCCAAGUCCACUUUUCCAGCAUAUGACUUGCUUCAGCGGCCAAGCCUGUGAGUUCCAUGAUCUGGAAGGCUACAAUCUCGGAUUGAGCAGAGUUAUGGUCCUGGAUACCUGUGGUACUACCUCGCUGCCUGCCAGAUUGAAGCAGACCUUGACUACAGGUGCUGCUUGGGCAUCUUCGGACAUCACCUCACCAGGAGGAGUCUACAGGCUUUGCUGGUGCAUGGAGACAAACUCCAGCUGGCAGAGCUGUGCGCUUGCAGAAGAUUUCCUGGUUGAUGCUGGUACCCUGACGAUCGCCGGCCUGAGCCCUCUGACCCAGGACAGGACCUGUAUCAGCGGCCGCAGAUGCACCGUGGACAAUCUGCAGGGAGUCGGCUUAUAUGACGCUUCCUUCAACGUUCUGAUUAUGAACACCUGCGGAGUAGACAAUGCAGUGCUGCCAUGGGCGCAACCGGGAGAGCUGCUGAUACUUCCGCAGGGUUUCGCCUCAUGGUUCGACCUAGCCAUCACAGCCGUUGGCGGCAACUAUCGCAUGUGCUGGUGCUCGCGCAACAACAACACUUUGGAGAGUCAAUGCUCUCAGUCCGGCCACUUUGAAGUGGAUGCCGGCAGCCUAUUCCUCGUUGGGCCACGGCCACUUGAACAAGAUAGAACUUGUAUCACUGGCCAGACUUGUGUCUUGGAAUCGCUGAUCGGUAUUGGGUGGUCAGAUGCUGACUUUGUUGCUAUUCACUCCACUUGUGGCAGCUUACAAGCAGAGGGCGUGCCAGAAAGGUUCAUGCAGGAAAGGCCUCGUCUGGCCGACAUGACAGGUGGCUACUGGCUAGCAAGCUGGGACGCAGCUCGCAGUUCUGCAGCAGGAGGUCAGUACAGGCUUUGCUGGCAGGCUGGAUUACUCUCGAAUGGGACAGUGAUCGUAUCCCCAGAUGGAGAGUCCUGGAUAGACAUGGGGAGCUUUACGCUAAUAGGUCCAUUUGCAGGUGCAGCCCGCACCUGUCUCAGUGGACAGUCCUGCCAAGUAGACGGCCUACUGGGUCAGCACUUGAGCGCCAACGAUUCCUUCGUGGUGAUGGACACAUGCAGCUUGGAUGAUA